AUGAUUGCUGCUGCCGAGCGCGCCGCCGCGCCGCCGGCCGCGGCGCCGCGGCGCUGCUGCGCGCCGCGCGACUGGGAGGGCAGGCAGCGCGGCGGCGGCGCGCUGCGGCACGCGGUGUCGGCGCCGUCGGGCUGCGGCGCGGGCAACGACCUCGCGUCCGCGUGCGUCGCCGCGGGCGCGGCCGCGGCCGGCGCGCCCCCCGCGCCCUGCUGGCGUGCCCCCAGCUGCGAUCGCCUAUCAAUUGACAGCGCUGCCAGCAGCGCCGCGACCGACGCGACCGCGGGCGGCGACAUGGGCGCGGUGCACGGCGGCGACUCGCCGGCGGAGCCGCGGGAGCGGUGCGUGCGCGGCGGGCGGCAGCGGCACGGCAACACGUCGCUGGUGGGUGUGCGUGCAAGCGCGGGCGCGGGCGGCGGCGUGCAGUCCCCUCGGGGCCUGGGGUAG